AUGAUGAAAAUGUAUCUAAGUGGAAACUAUCGGCUUCUGCGUCAAGGAUCAGGAUUGUCAGGUGGAGCUAUAUCUGGGAUAUCUCUUGCAGUAGUUGGAGUGUUUUUUUUUGCAGCUUGCGGGUAUCUUCUUGUUUACAGAAAGAGGAAGGCAGAGAAAAUAUCACUUAAAGAUCAAUUUGAGCAACCUGCUUCUGAUAAUGCAGCUAAAGCUCCAGAGUCUGUUAAUGAUGCUAAAAGGGAUUCUCCAGGCCUUGGUGGAGUAGUUGUUGAGAGAUCUUUUGAGUUCUCGUAUGAAGAGCUUGCAAUAGCUACUAAAGGUUUCAGUUUGGCUAAUAAGAUAGGCGAAGGCGGCUUUGGCUCUGUUUAUUAUGCUGAGCUUGGGGGCGAGAAAGCGGCAAUCAAGAAAAUGGACUUGAAAGCAAAAAGAGAAUUUGUUGCUGAACUUAGGGUUUUAACACAUGUACAUCAUCAGAACCUGGUGCGCUUAAUUGGAUAUUGUGUGAAGGGUUCCCUUUUUCUUGUAUAUGAGUACAUUGACAAUGGAAACUUGAGCCAGCAUCUUCGAGGAUCAGGGUGCGACACACUGUCGUGGUCCAGCAGGGUGCAGAUUGCAGUGGAUUCAGCAAGAGGUCUUGAGUACAUUCAUGAGCAUACUAUUCCUGCCUACAUCCACCGUGACAUUAAAUCAGCAAACAUUUUGAUAGAUAAAGAUUUUCGUGCCAAGGUUGCAGAUUUUGGUUUAGCAAAAUUGGCUGAGGUCGGAGGUUCAUCUUUGCAAUCACAUCUUGUGGGUACAUUUGGCUACAUGGCACCAGAGUAUGCCAAUUGUGGUACUGUUUCUCCUAAAGUUGAUGUCUAUGCCUUUGGUGUUAUGCUUUAUGAACUAAUUUCAGCUAAGGCAGCUGUAGUUGAUGGAGGCUCUACUACUGAUACUAAGGGCCUUGUUGGUUUGUUUGAACAAGUUCCCAUAAUACCGGAUUCAAAUGAUGAUCUUCGCAAACUGGUUGACCCGAGACUUGGGGAUAAUUACCCAAUCGAAUCAGUCAGCAAGAUGUUUCAGCUAGCCAAACUUUGCACACAUAAAAAACCUGAAUCAAGGCCGAGCAUGAGAUCUGUUAUCGUUGCAUUAAUGGCUGUCAGGACUGGAAGGACUUAA